CCACCUAUCCCUUGCGCCGUUUUCGUUUUGCAUUCGGUGCAUUCGCCUAUGAUUCGCCGCUCAUUCAUACGUCAACAAUAACCAUUCAUGUGUCUGUUUCGGAAAUGAUUGGCAGUUCGUCAAGACUGUUACAUUGAAAAAGCUCACGUCAGUUCUACAGUUCCACUCCCAGCACCUGUCAUGUUUGCGCGGCAUGAAAGACGGGGAGGAAGGGGAGGCAGAGGAUCGGGCAGAGGCUCGGGCUGGAACAGAGGCGGACAAGGCAGGGGUGGACGGCCUGGCUCAAGCUUUCCGGCAGGUCUACGAGGAAAGGAAAUUGGCCUUUACUUUGCGCGUAGGGGCCGAGCUCGAAAAGAAUGGGCUGCUGCUCACCAGAAAGUUGCUGUAUCAAUUGAUCCAGAAAGCCAGCAAGAUCUGCAGCAGAUCAUCCACAGCAUUAGCCUGGAAGAGAGCCCAAGCCACGAGCGACUCGACUCAAUCAAUGCCGUUGCAGUGGAGUACCUUUCAAGUGCACCGACACGCCUUGGCACAAGGGGCGUUGGUGGAGAACUGAAGCUCGAGCGCAAUGCUGCACUUGAUGAAAAGCUUUACCAAAGCCUGGAAGUCAAGGCACAGUCACGGGAAUAUCAAAGCAUGCUUGAUUUCAGAAAGAAACUGCCUGCCUACACUAUGCGAGAGCAAAUAAUUGAAGUCAUUGAGAGCAAUCGGGUUGUGGUCAUCAGUGGUGAAACUGGAUCUGGGAAAACCACUCAAGUUCCACAGUUCAUACUGGACUCGUACAUUCAAAAAGGCAUGGGGUCCCUCUGCAAAGUCAUCUGCACUCAACCGCGCCGAAUCAGUGCAAUAUCUGUGGCAGAGCGGGUGGCAGCUGAGCGGGCGGAGCAGUGCGGGGACUCGGCUGGCUAUCACAUACGACUGGAAUGUAGAGCACCUAGAGACCGUGGCUCUAUCCUCUUCUGCACCACGGGAAUUCUCUUGCAGCAACUUCAGGGUGACCCGUACAUUAUGGGAGCUUCUCACAUAAUACUCGACGAAGUUCAUGAACGCGACUUGCAGACUGACUUUCUCAGCAUCAUCCUAAAGGACCUGCUGGCUGUGAGGCCUGACCUGCGCGUGAUACUUAUGAGCGCCACAAUCAAUGCGGAACUCUUCUCUGACUACUUUGGUAACUGCCCACGGUUAGAAAUACCAGGCAUCGCUUUUCCUGUGGAAGUGGCCUACCUCGAAGAUGUUCUUGAACAAAUUGGGUACCGAGGAAACAGUGUGUAUUCUCGUAACGCUGGUAUUCAUUGGAAAGACAGAAAGAAGUUUGAGAGCAUGAUUCAAGAUGCCAUGCCGUUUAUUCGAAGCCUCGAAGGAAAGUAUUCACACAGAACCUUGGACACUUUAUCAGAAUGGAAUGAGCUGUGCAUAGACUUGGACUUGGUACAUGCAUUGAUUUCAGAGAUCUGUACCAAGAAACCUGAAGGAGCAAUACUAGUUUUCCUUCCGGGCUGGGAGCAGAUCAGUGAGCUGAACAAACGUCUGAAAGCUGAUUCAGGUCUUCGAGGUUCAUCACUGAUAAUUCCCCUGCACUCAAUGAUGCCAACUGUCAACCAGAGACAAGUGUUCGAUAGACCUCCUUCCGGAGUUCGCAAAAUUGUUCUUGCCACCAACAUCGCUGAAACAAGCAUCACCAUCAAUGAUGUUGUGUAUGUGAUUGACUGUGGUAAGAUCAAGAUGUCCAACUUUGAUGUGGACAAAAACCUCGCCACUCUGGACGCUGAGUGGGUGUCAAUGGCAAAUGCCCAACAGCGCAAAGGGCGAGCAGGGAGAGUGCAGCCUGGUGUAUGCUACCGGCUGUACACUUCCUGGAGAGAGUCUCAGCUCGAGGCCUAUCAGCUGCCAGAGAUGCUUCGGACCAGACUGGAAACACUAAUUCUCAAGAUCAAGAUACUGAAGCUAGGAAGUGCAGAAGCUUUUCUCCAAAAGGCAAUAAAUCCUCCCUCUUCUGAGGCAUUACAUCUUUCCCUUCAGUUCCUAAUUACACUGAAAGCCCUAAAUGAAGAUGAGACUUUGACUCCUCUGGGCUACCACUUGGCCAAGCUGCCCUUGGAUCCUCAGACGGGCAAGAUGAUCAUCAUGGCAUCCAUCUUCUCCUGCCUUGACCCCAUCCUCACUGUGGCUGCAAGUUUGAGUUUCAAGGAUGCCUUUAUGGUGCCACUGGGAAAGGAGAGGCUUGUGGAUGAAGCAAAGAAGCGGUUCGCUGGAAACACCAAAAGUGACCACAUCAUGCUUGUCAAUGUUUUUUCACAAUGGGAAGAAGCAGUAAAAAAGCGUGAUGGCAACGAGUUCUGCUAUGCAAACUAUCUCUCAUGGAACACACUCAAGAUGCUGUCAAAUAUGCGACAACAGUUUGCCGAGUACUUGCAUGAGUUGAACUUCAUAGGCUCACAGGACAUCAAGGCCCGAGAGUACAACCAAAAUUCAGAUAACUUGAAAGUCUUGCAAGCUGUCAUCUGCUCCGGUCUGUAUCCAAAUGUUGCCAAGGGCCAGUUCAAAAAUAAAAGACUUGUGAGGUGCUCUACGAAGACUGACGCAAAGGCUGCACUACAUCCGAAGUCUGUGAAUGUAUCUCAGUGCGGCUUUGACACUCAGUGGUUUGUGUAUUAUACCAAAAUUCGGUCGACAAAGACGUUCCUGCACGAUGUCACUCCAGUCUAUCCCAUUCCACUUCUGCUCUUUGGAGGCUUUUUCAGGCACAGCGGGGACACUAUCACGCUUGAUGACUGGAUCACUCUUCAGUGUGAUGAUAAUCUCGCAGAAGUCAUCAAGGACUUGCGGCAAGAGUUUGAUCGCAUUCUUGAAAGGAAAAUUGGUGCACCUGGGAUCCUGGCAGGAACCAUAUCAGCCAACCAGCGACGGUUACUUGCUGCCAUCAUCAAAGUCCUGUCAACAGAGACUGCUUUUGUGCCUGAGAUGCCAGAUAGUGCUUUUGAUGAGGAUGACAUGGAUGUUCAGGUUAUUGAUGAAACAUAGAUGAGAGAUCCUGAAAUAACAAUAAAAAUUGUGUACAGCGUG